AUGCGAUGCUACCUUCACGCAUUUCUCCUGUGCGUGCUUUUUACCUUCUUCUCACUGUUGUAUGUGUUCAAUCAGCUAGCCUCCACCUUGGAGGACAGAGACGACUGGGAGCUGAAAGAACAGGGGACACCCGACAGGAGCAGUCAUGACGGCGGGCACCUGCUCAGGAAAAUGCCAGGCCUCACAGGCCUUCGAGACCGCGAAGGGCUUGACAGGUGUAAAUCACUGUCAGUUUCUUACUGGGAUCCAUAUUGGAGACUGCCUGCUGAUGUUUGUGGAGUGAACUGCUUAUUGGAAUCAUCUCUUAGAGAGAGGGCAGGCUCUGCAGUCAAGGAACAUAAUGAUGGGAGAAGUCACCUGGCUGUGGUGGCCUGUGGCCCCCGGCUAGAAGAGACUCUCACCAUGUUAAAGUCUGCUGUUCUCCUCAGCAAAAAUCCUCUACACUUUUACAUCUUUGCUGAGGAUGAUCUACAUGACAGCUUCAGAAAUGCUCUGGAUUCCUGGCCCAGGACAGUUCAGACCAAGUUCAACUUCACCAUCUACCCCAUCACUUUUCCCAAGGAGAAUGCAAGGGAGUGGAAGAAGCUCUUCAAACCUUGUGCCUCUCAGAGGCUCUUCUUGCCACUGAUCCUGAAGGAGGUGGAUUCCUUGCUCUAUGUGGACACCGAUAUCCUUUUUCUGCAGCCGGUAGAGGACAUCUGGGCCCUCCUUUCUCAGUUCAAUUCGAGCCAAUUAGCUGCCAUGGCCCCAGAGCACGAAGAGCCACGCAUCGGCUGGUACAACCGUUUUGCCCGCCACCCCUACUAUGGCAAGACAGGCAUCAACUCAGGAGUCAUGCUCAUGAACAUGACACGCCUCAGGGAAAAAUUUUUUCAGAAUGACAUGACAACAGUUGCACUGCGGUGGGAGGAAAUUCUGAUGCCCCUUCUCCAGAAGUAUAAACUCAACAUCACCUGGGGUGACCAGGACCUUCUUAAUAUCAUAUUUCACCAUAACCCAGAAAGCCUGUUUGUGUUCCCCUGUCAGUGGAACUACCGUCCAGACCACUGUAUCUAUGGUAGCAACUGUCAACAGGCUGAACAAGAAGGUGUCUUCAUUCUCCAUGGUAACAGGGGGGUUUACCAUGAUGAUAAGCAGCCAGCUUUUCGGGCUGUCUACGAGGCCAUCCAAAAGUACCCAUUCGGUGAGAACAUGGAGACCUCGCUGCUUCGGCCGCUGGAGGCGUCACUGCAGACCACCACAAAUACCUACUGUGGAAGAGCCAGUCACCUGUUUACCAAGAAGUUAAAACAGAGCAUCAUGUCUGUUCAGCAAGAAGUCACACGGAGAAGAUGAUCAGUACGGCGUUCUAAUAUCAUUCCAUAAUUAGUGUCUAAUUAGUGACUUGGAUUUAAGACACUCCUGUGGAGACAGUGAGCUGGAAACAGACUCAGGUUAACACUGAACCAUCGUCUGUUUACAGACUGCAUAUCGAGACUGUGGAAAUGGGGAAGGGUAAUCUGUGGAACAGGUUAGAUUUUUGUAUUUUAAAGUGAAGCCAAUUGUUUUUACAUAAUCUGUCCAGUGAACACACAAUCAGGUUACAAAUGCUUUCUCACCGUGGUGGAAAAUGCACUGAAUCCACUUUGCCCUGUAGAGAUUUUGGACUUUGUAGCUGACAAGAAGAACACUUGUCUCUAUUCCAGACAAUCAGGUGUUAUUUUUUAUUUUCUUAUUUCAAGAAAUACCUUGCAAUCACUUUGUACAAAUGUCUAACGUCUAAGGAGGGAACAGAAAUGCAGCAGGGUACAAACACACUUAUCCAGAGUAUUUUAUUAGAGUUUUAAUAUAAUUUUGCAUACAAUAUUUGUACUAGUGUUUUUGUCACUGCAGUGUUCACGGGAAAGGGUUGUCAUUAAUUUCAGGUACUUGUUAGUUACGUAAGAAUUCUCCGUUUUUUAUUGAACUGAACAAAUGGUCAUACUUUAAACUUGUAUAAUCUGAUCAGUAUUUAUUACUGUUGGACAUGUUGCAGGAAGCACUUUUGAUGUCUUUGUUAAAAAUGUAACACGGGGCUAUCAUUUCAUGUACUCUGGUAUGGGAGUUUUCAAAGCAUUGUUUACUGUACAUUAUCACUAUUACAUUGUAUUAGUGUUUAAAUAAUUUUAGUAACUUUACUAAUAACGACACAUUUUCCAAAAACUGGAACAAUGGAACAAAAGGAAGCUGUUAUUUUUCAAUCAAGCCAGCAAGUCUUAAAAUCUCCUCGGAUGGAGGUUUAUUAAGAAUUUGCACUAUUGAUUUGAGAAAUUGAGUAUUGUAACAAAACAAAAUCUUAUAUGUGAUGUUAAUGUUUUACUGAAAAUCCAGCAUAGACACUCAAAUGUAUAUCAACUGAAUGGGAAAUAAAUAUUUUAUUGAAACGCA